CAAUAUCGCUGUAUGAUAACAGAGUGUGAUGGACUUUCAAACAUGCAGCAUCUCUUGGUUCUACUCGGGGGGUUUUUUGUUUCCUGUGCAUGUGGUUCCAGAGAUUCUUUUUUAGUGAGUCAGUCUCCAACAACAGUCGAGUUGAGGGAAGGAGAACCAGUUCAGAUCACCUGCAGCUGGAACAUCGCCGUCAGCAAUUUAAAAGUGAACUGGUUUAAAGACAAUCAGAGAGUUACAUUUAAUCAAACGGACAAAUUUAUACAAACCCACAACACCAAAAACAGCUCAACAUUAAUUAUAAAAAAUGCUGAUAUAAGUGAUGCAGGCUUUUAUAUUUGUGAGGUUACAAAAGACAUACCUUAUCUGCUGAAGGUAAACGGAACGGGGACAAAAGUUACAUCCAUGACAGAAAAUGAUCUUACGACCUCACGCCAAACAGAAGUUCUUACGAUCUCACGCCAAACAAAAGAUCAUGCCAGGCCAGACUUUCCCUGGACUCCUGAUACUGAAUGGGAUACUGAAAAUGAAGGACCCAUCAUUUUUGCAAUCCGAUGUGUGCCCUUCAUCACUUUACUGCUGGCCGUGUGCUUCCUUAACAGAGAUUACAAAAGGCUCAAACAGCCAAGAACAGGAACAGGGCCUGCAGAAGAGCAAGCUUUAGUCAUAGAGGAGGAGAAUGAACAAAUGGGACAAGAACAAGAAAGAGAAGAGAGAAGUGAAACAUCUGGACAAAGAAGAGAACUGAGAGAGAGGGAUGGACAAUUGGGACAAAAAAAAGAAGUGAAGAUUAUGAAUGAAUUAACAGGGCAAGAAAGAGAAGUGGAAGAGAGGGAUGAACCAUCAGGACAAGAAAGAGAAGUGAAGAUUUUGAAUGAAUUAAUGGGACAAGAAAGAGAAGUGGAGAUUAUGAAUGAAUUAACGGGAAAAGAAAGAGAAGUGGAGAUUAUGAAUGAAUUAACGGGACAAGAAAGAGAAGUGGAGAUUAUGAAUGAAUUAACAGGACAAGAAAGAGAAGUGGAAGAGAGGGAUGAACAAUUGGGACAAGAAAGAGAAGUGGAAGAGAGGGAUGAACCAUCAGGACAAGAAAGAGAAGUGAAGAUUUUGAAUGAAUUAACAGGAAAAGAAAGAGAAGUGGAGAUUAUGAACGAAUUAACAGGACAAGAAAGAGAAGUGGAGAUUAUGAAUGAAUUAACAGGAAAAGAAAGAGAAGUGGAGAUUAUGAAUGAAUUAACAGGGCAAGAAAGAGAAGCGGAAGAGAGGGAUGAACAAUUGGGACAAGAAGUGGAAGAGAGGGAUGAACCAUCAGGACAAGAAAGAGAAGUAAAAGAGAGGGAUGAACAAUUGGGACAAGGACGAGAAGUAGAAGAGUGGGAUGAAAAAUCAGGACAAGAAAGAAAAGUGGAAGAGAGGCAUGAACAAUCGGGACAAGAAAGAGAAGUGGAAGAGAGGGAUGGACAAUUAGGACAAGAAAAAGAAGUGGAAGAGUGGGAUGAACAAUCGGGACAAGAAAGACAAGUGGAAGAGUGGGAUGAACAAUUGUGACAAGAAAGAAAAUUGCACAAGGGAAAUUAAGGAUUGUAUAAAACACACUGCAUAGUUUAUAAUUUAACAGGUGCAGGGAAAAUGCUGGUUUUCUAUCUGCUAGAAAUCAUCAUGCUUUAAUCAGACAUUCCCAAAUUAAUUAGCAGAUUUAUUCAUAAUAAUAGUGAUAAACAAAAUAUGGACAGUAUAUAUCAAGCUCCAGCCUUCAAAAAUGUUGCUAAUGCUAAAUACAGCAUAAAUGCACCAUAAUCAUUAUAAUACACACAUUUCCCACCGUCAGUAGUAUAUCUAUUUUUUAUAUAUUAAUAAUGUUUAUGUAAUCAAAACUAAAAAUAAAUAUUUGAAUGUUAAAGAUUCCCACAGUUCUGAUUAUAGACACCUAAAGUAAGUCUACAAAUACGUGUCAUAGACUCUGUAGCAAGAUGAUAGUGUACAUUUUGUAUUGCUUAACAUAAAAGAAGAGGUCAAUCGGGGUCAGAAACAUUUAUCAUCACUGGAAAUAGCAGCAAGAAAAUUGGAUGGUGUAUCAGUAAAUAGAAUUAAUUUGGAUGAAUACAUUUCAUGAAAAAGAUAUGAUUUUUAUUCAGAAAAUGAUACAAGUUUCAACCCUGUGAAUGCAUUAAUAUCCAAGUUCAAAGACAUGCAGGUUAGGUUAAUAUGGGACGGCCUCGGGCUGAGGUGCCCUUGAGCGAGGCCCCUAACUCCCAACUGCUCCCCGGGCGCUGUUAGCAUGGCUGCCCACUGCUCUGGGUAUGUGUGUGUUCACUGCUUCAGAUGGGUUAAAUGCAGAGAGGAAUUUCACAAGUGUGUGAUGAAUAAAGUUGUACUUUCUUUCUUUCUUUCCUAUAUGUCUAAAGUACGGUAAUUGCAAUCCAAAUAAAAAAAAGUUGACAGAAAUUUGACAUUUCUUGUGCAGACAGGAGUUUUCCACCUCCUGCUAGCAUAAAAGAUUUUUAAAAAGGAGUAGCCUAAGAGCAUACAAUCAGUAGAUUACAGUGUGUCCGUGUAACAAUGCAUGAAAGUUAAGAAAACAUACAAUAAACAGCCUUUUAAAAAUU